CAACCCAACUCUUCCGAAUUAGAGGGAAAAAAAUAUUUUUAAUGUUUCACCAAAGAAGGAAAUGCUGCCCUGGUUACCCAUAUGGAGCCCAGAGAGGGUUAAAAGCACUUCUCUAAGCUGUAUGGGACGCGACCCUGGGGCGUGGGUGUAGCAGUCAUACUUUCAGAGGUGGAGAGCUGGUCUAGUCAAAUUACUCAGAGAAUUGCCAGGACAGAGUCGAAAGAGAGAGAGAGAGAGGGGAAUUAAAACAAAUAGUUUGAUUCGUAGAUCUUUCAGAGCUUGAAGUCCAUUCUACCUAAACAGGAAGGAAUAAUACUGCACCAUUGACUCAAGACCACACAGAAUCUGAUUCAGAUGGUCCAAGCCCAUUGGUUAAGAACAUCGGAGCCAGCCGACCAGGGACUUUGAGCUUGCAUCACUUCUUGGUUGGAUUUCAGCGAAUGUCCCAGAGGUGAGAGGGCAAGAUGGGAGCCAGUGAAGAUGAGCUGAUCGGAAUCCCGUUCCCGGAGCACAGCAGUGAGCUCCUCAGCAGCCUCAAUGAGCAAAGGCACAGGGGCGUGCUGUGCGACGUCACCAUCGUGACGCAGGGGCUGGAGUACCGCACACACCGGGCGGUCCUGGCCGCCUGCAGCCAGUACUUCAAGAAGCUCUUCACCUCCAAGCCGUUCAGCGGCCAGCGCAACGUGUGCGAGCUCGACUUCGUCAAGCCUGAGGUGCUGGCGGCCCUGCUGGAGUUUGCCUACACCGCCACCCUCACCAUCAGCAGCUCCAACAUGAGAGAGGUGCUGCAGGCGGCCCGCCUGCUGGAGAUCCAGUGCGUCACGGAUGCCUGCGCCGACAUCCUGCGCAGCAGCGGCGGCGGGGAGGAGGAGCAGCCAGAGCUGGCAGCCGCCGAGGGGGCAGAGGACUACCUGGCCGGGGGCUAUGCUGAGCCCCAGCCCAGUAGCCCCGUCGGCCUCGUCGAGGAGCUGCCGAAGGUCCGGCCACGCAAGAGGCCCAAGAAGAAGCCACCCCGGAUCUCGCUCGGCAACCGGGGCUGCCUCUACCGCAUCGUCCAGCCCCUCCGCGCCUCGAUGAACGACGUCCUGGUGACCGACGGGCUGGAGGAGCGUCCGCCCUCGCCGGCUCAGCUGGAGGAUCACUACCCGCCGGGACCACUGGAGGAAGAGGAGGAAGAGGGCGGUGAGGACUUCGAGGGCGGGGGCGAGGUGGCCGGCUUCCUCCCGCCCCCUUCCCCGCCGGGGAUGCCCAUGGGCGGGGAGGGGACGGAGCUGGACUCCGCCACGUACCUGGCCUCCCUCAGCAAUGGGCUGCUGGGCGGCGCCCUGGGCUCGCCGGACAAGCUAGUGCGCCGGCGGAAGUCGCAGAUGCCCCAGGAGUGCCCCAUCUGCCACAAGGUGAUCCACGGGGCGGGCAAGCUCCCACGGCACAUGCGCACCCACACGGGCGAGAAGCCCUUCGCCUGCGAGGUGUGCGGUGUGCGCUUCACCAGGAACGACAAGCUGAAGAUCCACAUGAGGAAGCACACGGGGGAGCGGCCCUACAGCUGCAACUGCUGUGAUGCCCGCUUCCUGCACAGCUACGACCUGAAGAACCACGCGCGGCUGCACACCGGCGACCGGCCCUUUGAGUGCAGCCAGUGCCGCAAGGCCUUCGUCCGCCUCGACCACCUGCAGCGGCACCUCAAGGGCCAGAACUGCCUGGAGGUGCGCACCCGGAGGCGCAAGGGGGCCGCCGAGGAGGAGACCGAGGAGAGCCCCGCGCUCAAUGGCGGCUUCCCGGACGAGUACGCCAUCAGGAGGCCGCUGCAGGGGCUGGACGGCGGCUUCCCGGACGAGUACGAGGUCGGCAGGGAGACCCUGCUGAUGGACAGGAGCUUUGACCCCGACAGUCUCCCCGAAUGGGGUCACAUGAGCACCACAUGGGAUCAGGAGCCAGUGGAUGGAGUGGCAGUGGAUUCUUCAUAAUCUUACAGAUCAAAAGAUAUAUUUUUAUAAGCAGGUUGCAAGGAUGCAAGGUUGCAAGAUGCAAAAAUACAGGAUGCAAGGUUGCAGGAUGCAAGGUUGUAAGAUGCAAAAAUGCAAAAUGCAAAAAUGCAGAAUGCAAGGUUGCAGAAUGCAAGCUGCUCGCUGCACCAAACACCUCUCCAAAAAAAUUAAAAGCCCAAGGGCUGUAGCAGGCAGGAUUUUCCAAUGCUUUUAGUCACAGGCACCCACCCCACUGGUUCAACCGGCGGCCAUAGGGAUAUAAACCACCCCCCUCCCAACUUCCCCCUCUUGUCUUGAUCUAGUGCGUAGAGUUAAGUAAAGCUGGAGGAAUCAGGCAGCAUCUAUUAGCGGGAAAUGGACAGUCGACGUCUCAUUGGGGGCGCAUCCAGGGACAUGUCCACGGAUGCUGCCUGACCCGCCGAGUUCCCCCAGCGUUUUGUGUCUCGCUCCCCCAAGAUUUCCAGCACCUGCCAUCUCCGUAACGCAGGGGCUACCGAGGGAGCAAGGUUGCUCAUUGCCGCCACAGUUCAAAUCGCCGGAUGAUCUGCUGUUCCUUUUCCUCGCACUCCCAAGGAUCAAGUGCACCCUGCCCUCUGCAAUAGAUUGCAAAGCAAAUUUAGUAAUGAUGUAAUUAAUCAUUGAUAUAGCACAUAUGAAUCCAUGAGUAUGUCACCCUACCAAAUGGUGACUAAAGUAGACAUAGGUUUGAAGGAUUAAUAUAUAUCUAAAUUAUAUAUAUAAAUAUAUUAAAAAUAUAAAUUUUGCAGCCCUGUGCAUGUGUGUGUGUGCGUGCGCGCAAGUGUGCAUGUCAGCACACAUUAACACCAACCUAUUUAAAUUCUGAUCAGGAAUGGAAUCUUUUAUUCAAAGUCAGAGGUGUCGGACUCUUGUAUAUAUGUACCAUUUUAAGUUUGUCUGUUUGUUUGUUGUGCCCUGCUGCCUCUUUUUAAUCACCUGCUCUCUCUCCAUUCCCUCCCCUCGCACCCCCCCACCUCCCACCCCCCACCCACCCCUCUCCCGAGGCCAGCGGCCUUGACCCAUGAGCACUUUCCUGUCUUCUAAAUCGAAGCUGGUCACACACAGGUGGACCCCUCCCGAACGUUGCUCCCCUUGCAGCCAGACGGACUGUUUACCGACCACUGUGAUGCCGGCUUAAAACUGAGACUGUCGAUCGCUUCUAAAGGAGGAUCCCCGCUCGACAAAGAACUGUCACCUUGCACUUUGGCACUGACCAGUAGGCCAAUAGAAUUGGGACAGUGCAAUAUUAAUCACAGCACAGAGAAAGGCUGCUUGGUGGUUGAAAAAGCCCUCCAAAGUCAGUCCCUUCUCCCUCCAUCCUUAAGAUCAGUCAUAAAGUUAUUCCUUGCUUUUGUUUCUUCUUCCAACCCUGCCAACCUGGGUUCCUCUAACGGAGACCGAACGCUGGAAACGCUCAGCAGCCCGUGCGGAGAGAGCACCAGAGCCAACGCUUCAGGUCGGAGACCUCGGCUCUUCCCUCCCAAAUCCCCGUCCCCUGGGGUGAACUGAGCGAUUCUGUCUUGGUGACUUGUACUGCCCCACACACAGACGGUAAAGAAAACAUGGCCUGGAAGAACAGGGUCGACGUGUUGGGAUCGAGACCCUGCACCAGUCCCUUUCGUGUCCUCCCUGGAUCUGACGACCUGGAGCCAUAGUUCUGUUUCUCUCUCUCCACGGAUACUCCCUGAUCCCUGUAAUGAAACAGUUUCUCCAACUUUGUUUUGCAAUUCGAACGCCCUGUUAAUUUCCCUUUAACCUCCGCCGCAUUAAGGAAAGCAAGACCAAAAGCUCUCCGAAACAAGGGCUUAAGUAUCCUUCCUCAAGAGCGAGGUGCCCGAUGAAUCUCCUCUGACUGGACGCCCAUCUCACCUCUGGCGAGAAGACACGGCCCUGAAAGGCUCGGAUGACGAGGCUUGACAGCUGGAUCCUCCGCGUUGCGUUUUACUGACCUCAGCGGUGAGUUGAAACGUAAGCAAGUUGCAAACAUUUGUAGAGUCCACAUUGCACACUGGCUUGAUUUAAUGAAGGGGCUACUUGACUUUUAACAGUCCACUCCACAGCUCAACUCUGAACCCUCCCCCCACCCCACCCCCAUCCCGGGGUGGUCCUGAUUUGGGCAGGCGAAAAGUCCACCCUCCCGGUCACUCAGCUGACCCAUGACCUCAUUUCCCUGAACGGUCUCAGAUCCAUCCAUCUCGGCCUCCAGUGUCAUCUGAUUGGGAGCCACCGCCACAGAAAUCCGGGCGCUCACAGAGUGACAGACUGGACUGAAACAAGCCCUUCAUCGCACACAGAGUCAUCUUCCCAUCUGAUCCAUUCUGUGGGAAUGACUUGCACAUCCUCCCCUUCUCUCUGGGGAAAGUUUCCCUGAAUACCCCAUUGGACUUAUUAGAGAUCAUUUUAUAUAUGAUGUAUGAAAUCUAUUUCUAUCGUAUAUUUAUAUAAAUAGAUGAAAUAUUUAAAAUUUGUAAUUGCACACAUCCGUCCAUUUCUCUGUAAUACUCAGCUGCGGCACCUUCCCAUAGUUAGAGGGUCUGAGUAGACCUGAUAUCAAUCACUCGUCCCAGCCACACACUCCUCUGGGUCACCUCCUGGCCAUGACUUCACUUCCAUCUGCCUGUGUUUACCCAGAGUCUCCACUGAUGCUGCUUAUUGGCAGCCAUUUGCCUUGAAGAUCUAUAGAUGCAUAAGAGUCAAAAUCAACAGGGUCCCUUGUUCCAUCAGUUUGUCUCAGAGCUUCUCUGCUGAUUUUACACAUCAUGACACGGGUUUAGUUUCAGUCACCUGGAGUCACUGCUGUCCUGGCUCGAAGGCGCAAAGGCUUUUGCUUCAUGGGCUCGGAUCCCCAAGUACUUGAUUCCCCAGCCUCCCUCGCCAUCUUCCCCUGGUGAGAGUAUUCAGAGAGAGCUUUGUCCCACCACACACUCCUAGGUUAGAUACAGAAUAAAGAGCCUCCUCCGCAAUUUUCCAUCACAUAUUCCCAGGUCAGGGGCAGUGAAGAGGGAAAUUCACUCUGUGUCUGGCCCCGGGAGUGUGCGAUGGGACGGUGCGGAGGGAGCUUCACCCUGUGUCUGACCCCGGGAGUGUGUGAUGGGAUGGCGUAGAGGGAGCUUCACCCUGUGUCUGACCCCGGGAGUGUGUGAUGGGACGGUAUAGAGGGAGCUUCACUCCGUGUCUGACCCCGGGAGUGUGUGAUGGGACAGUGUAGAGGAGGCUUCACUGUGUCUGACCCCGGGAGUGUGUGAUGGGACGGUGUAGAGGGGGCUUCACUGUGUCUGACCCCGGGAGUGUGUGAUGGGACGGUGUAGAGGAGGCUUCACUGUGUCUGACCCCGGGAGUGUGUGAUAGGAUGGUGUAGAGGGGGCUUCACUGUGUCUGACCCAUGCUACUAGUUGUAUGUAACCACGUCACGUAGUUCAGAGAAGGAACGAAUGGCUUUUUUCUGGCUAUUUGCUUGUUAUUUCUACUUUUGAGCUGGGAUCUCAAAUAUCCUCAUAAAUAAUUAUUUGGUGCUUUGCUGGACAGAAUUGUAUUUUUUUUAAAAGAUAAACAAUCUCCUUUAGCUUUUCAUUGAUUCCAAAGAUUGUUACUUGAACUUUGACCAAAUGAAUUGAAGGCUCGUUGUACUUAUGGCUUCAAGCACAGGAGGGAAAUGGGAGGGGUGUAGAAGAGUCAAAAUAACUCAGUGAGAUGAUGGUGAGACACACAGUGCAGUGAGAGGUUUAUGUUUGGAAACUGAGACCAUGUUGCCCAAGGAACUGCAGCACUGUGUGUGAGUGUGUGUGUGUGUGUGUUUUGCACGCUCUCCCUGUGACCCCAUGGGUUUCCCCCGGGUGCUCCAGUUCCCUCCCACGUCCCAACGACGUACGGGGUCAGUGGGUUAAUUGGCCGCUGCAAAUCGUCGCCCUGGUGUGUGGGUGAGGGGUAGAAUCUGGGGGGGUGUUGAUGGAAAUGUAAGAGAGAGGUUGCAAGAAAAUAUGAGGCAAAGGGAUUGCUCAGAUUCAUCAUGGACUCGAUAGGCUGAAUAGCCUCCUGUAUUGUGAGGAACUAUGAAAUAUGAGCAGCCUAUCAAGGGAGGUCCUUGGCUUUGCACAUCAUGCAUUUGAUAAAAGAGUUCUUAUUUUUACUGCUUAGGCUUGUGAUAUGUUCUGGUCAGAAUAAUUAUUUAAAAAUGAAGUGAUCAGAGGUGAGAAAUUCAGGAGGUUGUGUUGUGAGGGAGCUUUACUGUGUCUAGUCCAUGCAGUCCCUGCUGUGAGUGUGUGAUGGGACGGUGUGGAGGGAGCUUCACUCUGUGUCUGACCCCGGGAGUGUGUGAUGGGACGGUGUAGUGGGAGCUUCACUCUGUAUCUGACCCCGUGAGUGUGUGAUGGGACGGUGUAGUGGGAGCUUCACCCUGUGUCUGACCCCGGGAGUGUGUGACGGGACGGUGCGGAGGGAGCUUCACUCUGUGUCUGACCCCGGGAGUGUGUGACGGGACGGUGCAGAGGGAGCUUCAUUCUGUAUCUGACCCCGGGAGUGUGAGAUGGGACGGUGUGGAGGGAGCUUCACUCUGCAUCUGACCCCGGGAGUGUGUGAUGGGACGGUGCGGAGGGAGCUUCACCCUGUGUCUGACCCCGUGAGUGUGUGAUGGGACGGUGCGGAGGGAGCUUCACCCUGUGUCUGACCCCGGGAGUGUGAGAUGGGACGGUGUGGAGGGAGCUUCACUCUGCAUCUGACCCCGGGAGUGUGUGAUGGGACGGUGUGGAGGGAGCUUCACCCUGUGUCUGACCCCGUGAGUGUGUGACGGGACAGUGUGGAGGGAACUUCACCCUGUGUCUGAUCCGUGCUGUUCUUGCUGCAGAGGUAUCCAUUGUGACUGAAGUGAACACCAAUAUACCUCUCUCUCUCGCUCUCUCACUCUCUCUCUCUCUCUCUCUCUCGCUCUCUCUCACACUCUCUCUCUCUCCCUCCCCCUCCUCCUCCCCACCCUCCCUGUCCCUCUCCCUCUCUCUGAUGUCAAUGAAACCUGAAGGAAAGUAGCUGCAGUCAUACCCAGAAUGUAAUUCCUUCAUUUCCUGCUGUUGAGGGCAUGAGAGACAGAAGGAACACAGAGCCUGGUUUCCUUCAGUAACGUUUUAGCCAGCGCGGCACUAGACAGGCAGAGCUCUGAAAAAGUGACUCAUGCGGGGUGGAAUGAUUAAUAAAACUUCAGCAACUCUCUCAACCGCACCCUGUCCUUCAGAUCCUUUCCGAGGCCCUAAUUUGCAAAUGUUUUUAAAUCUUCCUGCCCGGUCAGGGCUGGCUGGUGUGGUGUCUCUGACGAGUGCCAGGCAGGUCAAGUUUCCGAUGGCAGGGAAACCCCUCCCUCCCUCCCUCCCUCCCUCUCCCUUCUCAGGCAGGGUCGGUGCGGACUGGGCUGGCCACGGUGUGGCUCUCUCUUGUCCUUGAUGACCACUGGUGUGGACAGGAAGGUCGACGCCAGCUUGUGCUGUAGUGGGGGAGGGGGGAGUUGACAGUGGUAAACUUAGUGGGGUCUCCCUCCCUCUGUGCUCUAUAUAGAACAGUACUGGACAGGCCAUUCGGCCCACGAUGUUGUGCCUAUCAUGAUGCUAAAUGUCCUCCUGUGUAUCAUCCACAUCCUUCCAUUCCCUUCACACUGUGUCUAUCUAAAACUCCACCAACCUGCCUGCUUCCACACCACCCCGGUAACCCAUUCCACACACCCACCACUCUCUGCGUAAAAAACGAAACUUGCCCCUCACAUUGCCUUCAAACUCUCCCCCAACCUUAAAGGUACGUCCUCUGGUGUUUAACAUUUCUACCCUGGGGAAAAGAUUCUGACAGUCUACCUAUGCCUCUCACAAACCUCUAUCAGGUCUCCCCUCAGCCUCUGCCGCUCCAGAGAAAACAGCCCACUCUCUACCCUGUGUUUUUCUUUUCCCCCCGCCCCUCCCUCUCAGCUUCCCGUCUUAUCCCACUCGUCUUCCUUGCCCCUUUUCCCUGUUUCACGCUCGCAUCUUCGUGCAACUCUUGCCUUCUCUUCCCAGCGUCUCUCCUGGCAAGCAAACCCAAAACUCUUGGCGAUGCUCAGCGGGUCAGGAAGCAUCUGUGGAUAGAGAAACAAAGCGGCAACGUCUUGGGUGCGAGACCCACCUCUACCCCUGUCUCUCCCUCUCCCUCUGCUCCUUGGCAGGUCACCGCCUGUUCCAUCUCUUCCACCUCUCACCCACCCACCCUGAUCCCACCAAAACUAAUCCCUACGCGCCUCAUUGGAGCUGUGUGAGCGGAGACGUUCUUCAUUUGGCCAGCAGUGUUCUUCCCAGAUUCCCAGGGCUCCGAAAAAUUAGGAACUGGAUACACGAGGUUCAGGGUCCAGUCUGCCAGAGUUCAGGGUCCAGUCUGCCAGAGUUCAGGGGUGGGAACGGUUUGGACCUCCUGAAGGCUUGUAAUGUCUGUUGGAGUGCUGUGCCCUUCCACUGGGUGGCAGCACUUGACCCUUUAUUGGAGACAAACUGAGUUUAAAACUUUUCCUGAGUUUAACAUACUCCAGAUUUGCACAGUUAAAGAGCCUUCAGAUCUGCAGUAAAAACCUCCGAUUAUCCGGCACUCUGGAGCUGCCAGAUGGCAGAUCUUCCAGACUAUUGGAUGUUAUUCCAAUUAAUACCCAAACAAACUUUAAAUUCACCUUUUACAACAGAUUGCACUUUAAUAAUUUUUCAAUGAACCAGGUAAACUUAAAGAGGGAGAGGGAGAAGCAGAGCCCCGGUGAGUUUAAAGGGAACACAGGAAAUACUACCAGGUGAGGCAGAUCCUGAAAAUAGGGGAUUUCGGAAUGUGUGGCUAGUGGAUUAUUUGAGUUUUACUAUACUCCAGGAGGGCUGGUUGUUUAGGACCAUGGAUGCCUUGAGACUCAGAGGGGGAGAUUUAAUGAAGCCCCGUCCGUGUUAAGACACCGAUUUCCCUGUUGAUCUCCCCAGACGCACCGAUGUUCUGACACCGGGCCAGGGGCAGGUCAGUGAGCUGGGUUCGGUCACCCCCCUCUCCCCUUCAACCCCCCUCCCCUUCACCCCCCAUCUCCCCUUCACCCCUCCCCCCUUCACCCCUCCCCUUGACCCCCCUCCCACCACCUCCCUCCCCCCUCCAACCCCCACCUCCUUCACCCCCCUCCCCACCCCCCCUCCACCUUCCCCUCUGCUUCACCCCCCUUCCCAUCCCCCUCCCCCUUCACCCCCCUCCACCACCCCUUCACCCCCUCUCCCAUUCCCACCAACCAUCACAGCUUCACUCUGCCAACCUCAGUCCAGGCCGACCUUUUCCCCAGGGUUGGGGAAUCAAGAACUAGAGGGCGUAGGUUUAAGGGGAGAGAUUUAAUAGGAACCCGAGGGGCAACUUUUUCACCCCAGAGGGUGGUCCGUAUAUGGAAUGAGCUGCCAGAGGAAGUGGGUGAGGCAGGUACAUUACCAACAUUUAAAAGGUACCUGGACAGGUACACGGAUGGGAAAGGUUCAGAGGGAUUAUGAGCCAAACGCAGGCAAAUGGGACCGGCUUCGAUGGGAAUCUUGGUCAGCAUGGACCAGUUGGGCUGAAGGGCCUGUUCCCAUGCUAUGUGACUCUGACUGCUGCCGUUUCAAAGGCGCCAUCUUUUCCCGUAGUGUUGGAGACAGCCCAGCCACUCUCUGUCCCCUUCCACCCAACCAGCCCCACUGCCUUGCCUGUAACCGGUCCCAGACAGGAGAACUGUGGAGCGGAGGUGGUUAAGGGGAGACACGAUUGAGGUAUAUCAAAUUACAAGGGGUAUAGAUAGGGUAGACUGCAGGAAACUUGUCCCCCAUAUCACAGACAGAGGAUGUCGAUUUGGGUUGAGGGGGAAGAGGGGAACCAUAGAGAGGCCUUCCUCACCCAGAGAGCGGUGAGUACCUGGAACACGCUGCCUGAGAGAGAGAGGUGGAAGCAGAGUCACCGAUAGCAUUUAAGAAGUGUCUGGGCGGGCACUUGAAUUGCCCAGGCUGUGGACCAAGUGCUGGGCGAUGGGACUAAUGAGGAUAGGUGCCAACAGGUCAGUGUGGGCGUGAUGGGCCGAAUGGCCUGCUUCCAUUUUGUACGGCUGUCUGACUUGAGGGUAAAUCCCCCCCCUCCCCCAGCAUUUAUCUGGUCGUUAUCACUGCAGUGGAGACAGGAGAGAGACUGCAGAUGCUGGAACUCUGGAGCAACCCACAAAGGAAGGAUCUGGAGGAGCUCAGCAGGUCAGGCAGCCUCCGUGGAGGGCAAUCGACAAUCAACGUCUCAGGUCGAGGCUGUCCAUCGAUGCUGCCUGACCCGCUGAGUGCCUCCAGCGUUUUGUGCGUUAUCACUGUGCUCGUCUGUGGGAGCUUGCUGCGUACAAAUUGGGUGCAACACAGCAGUUCAGAAGGAGGUCACUGGUGUGAAUUGUGCGUUUGGAGUGGAAGUUUCCCCCUCUCCUUUAUCCUUAAGCUCAGAACUCGCGCCAAGCGUCGUCUAACCGUGAAUCCAGAGGCUCCAGUUCCCCAUCGGCUGCCGUCAGGUUCCCCAGCAAUUAUUUCCGGGACGUGACGGGAUUUAAUGUGGACAUCUUCUGUGGGCUUCCUCUUUAGGCUGUUGAUCUUGCUCGCUGCAUCUCCUGUGCUUUGUAUAUUUCUGUAGACCCGGCGUGGGGACAUAGAACUGCAGAGAUGUCCACAUUUUGGUGAUCUUUAGAAAAAAUAAUAAUUUUUAGGGGGGAAUGCAGACAAGACCAAUAUUGUUCUUGUACAUCCCUGGUUGCCCUUGGCAAGGUGAGCCACCCUCUUGAACUGUGCGGUGUUGUUGGGGAGGGAGCUCCGGGCGUUAGACCCAGUGACAAUAUAUUUCCAAGCUGGGAGGGUGGAGGGAAAGCUGCAGUGGGCGGCUUUCUCAUAAUCCCGAGGAACAGCAAGGAAGGCUUCAACGACCAUUCAGGAUUUAGGGAAAUCAAAAAAAAACAAGACUGCAGAUGCCGGAAAUCCGAAAUUAAAAAAAAGCAGAAAAUGCUGGAAACACUCACCAGGUCUGGCAGCGCCUGAGGGGAGAGGAACACGGUUUCAGGCUCUGAAACAUUACCUGUUUCUCUCUCCACAGACGCUGCCCGACCUUCUGAGUGUUUCCAGCAUUUUCUGCUUUUAUUCCAAUAUUUAUGACCACCCCCCAACUAGUCUUCGCCUCUCCCCAGUUCAUCUAGCAGCCAACCCCUCCUGCACCCUCCCUGCCCUGCUGCAGGGGAGUUGGGGGGGGGGGGAGAAGGAGCAAACCCCAGGGACUGGGCUCCCCUGGGGAGGUCGGACAGCCUCAGCCACAAGCGCACUGGGUUCCUGUUCGGUUCUGAUUUCCUGCUUCUCCUCAGAAGCUAAAUAAUAGAAAAAAAAACACUUGCACUUUUUCCUCUGUACUGUAAUCCAGUUGUCGGAUUCGCAUGUUUAGUUCUCAAAUUACGGAGCCUGCAAUAACUGGAGGGGUGUUCGCUCCACCCUGUCCCUGCCCCACCUUCCUCCCGCCUCUGUCCUCCUCCAGGUCCUCUCCAGACCUGCUCGUCCCUGGUCCCCAACCGCUCCACCGAGCUGGAGCUCUGGAACUCCCUUCCCGAUCCUCCGCGCCCACAUUGCCUCCUUCCACACUUCCCUCCGGGCUAGUCUGCGUCUCUCCACCACCGGCAGGGCUUUGUGUUUCUGCUGCUCUCCCUCCAGCAGCCGUCUCCGAUCGUCACACUCCCUAACAGCCCCCCCCACCCCACCCCCCGACUCCAUUUGUAUUUUCUCUGCCUGCCUCCAUCUCUCACUCACAUAGAAACAUAGAAAACCUACAGCACAAUUCAGGCGCUUCGGUCCACAAAGCUGUGCCGAACAUGUCCCUACCUUAGAAAUUACUAGGCUUACCCACAGCCCUCUAUUUUUCUCAGCUCCAUGUACCUAUCCAACAGUCUCUUAAAAGACCCUAUCGUAUCCGCCUCCACCACCGUUGCCGGCAGCCCAUUCCACACACUCACCACUCUCUGAGUAAAAAAACAUACCCCUGACAUCUCCUCUGUAUCUACUCCCCAGCACCUUAAACCCGCGUCCUCUUGUGGCCACCAUUUCAGCCCUGGGGAAAAGCCUCUGACUAUCCACACGAUCAAUGCCUCUCAAUAUCUUAUACACCUGCCACUGUCUCCCAACUCCACCCCUCCUCGCCCCUCAUCUCACACCCCCCUCCUCGCGCCUCAUCUCACACCCCCCUCCUCGCCCCUCAUCUCACACCCCCCUCCUCAGUCCACCAGUCACCUCUCCCUUCCCCACCCUCAGUCCCGAUGCAGGGCUUUGACCCGAAGCAUCGACAGUUCCUUCCCCUCCCCACGGAAUCUGCUCGACCCGCUGAGUUCCUCCGGCAGAUUAUCGCUCUCCAGACCACUCAUGAGCCUAGUGCAGGUCCUGUCAAACAACUUGGAACAUGGUCCUGCGGUAACAGUGCCAUCUAAAUGAUCUGUUGCAAUAAGUUAUAAUCAGCAGCCCUCGUAAUUUAGGAGUGCUGUUGAUUAUCUUAUGGAAAAAUUACCCCAAUCGCGUCAAUUUACAGCUGUUGCCCCAAGAUCCCUCAGCACUGAGAUACUGACAUCACUGCGUUCUUCCUGGACUGCACUCAGUCUGGUUCCUGACUGGCCUUCUGAGCUUCUGUGUGGUUGCUUUAACCAGUGUACCACCUCCGAUGCUGCUCUAACUACGCCAACAACUGUACAGCACUUUUAAUUUUGUAAAAGCGGUCUGCGGGUACUUCAGGAGAGGCUGAACGUUGCUUCAAAUGGAUGGGAUCUUGGUGGAGGUGGGAUCUCCUGUGACACUGGGGGCCUCUAUCCUGACUUCCGGCUGUGUGUGUGUGUGUGUGUGUGUGUGUGUGUGUGUGUGUGUGUGUGUGUGUGGAGUUUGCACGUUCUCCCCGUGACCCUGAGGGUUUCCCCUGGGUGCUCCAGUUCUCUCCCACACCCCAACGACGUGCGGAGUCGGUGGGUUAAUUGGCCGCUGUGAAUGGCCCCCCCCCCCUCAGCGCGUGGGUGAGGGGUAGAAUGAGUUAGUGGAAUGUAGAGAAUAGAAUGGGGUCCGUGCAGAUGGAUGGUUGACGGUUGGCAGGAAGUUGAUGGGCCGAAUGGCCUGUCUCUGCGCUGUAUGACUCUGUGCUUAUCCCUCAUCCACUAAUGGGACGGUGGCACGGUGCUGUGCGUGGGAUCUUGCAGUGCUCAGCUUGCGCGCUACGUUACAAUGGGUUGACUUAGGGGCGUUGUUGGUUUACAGCCCAUUCCAGGGCAAAUCCCCAAAGGGUUCCAGGAGGCGCUUGCAGCACAGGGCAGGUCUUUCCUCCGGUGGCCAACGGGAGGAGAGUGGGAUUCCAGAGAGUUGGAGAAGGGAUCCAUUUCAUUGGGGCCAUCCAGGACGAUUUGCAUUCCCACCUGGAGCAAGUGCCUCAGUCACCAUUCUCUGGUCUCUGCAGGUGAUGCACACUGCCUUGUUGUCUCCCCCCCCCCCCCCCAUCUUUGGUCCUGAAGCUGUUGGCCUUUCCCCGAGUCGCUCGCGAGCUGCUAGGAACCUUUUACAGCACCACAAACACUGUGUGUGUGUGUGUGUGUGUGUGUGUGUGUGUGUGUGUGUGUGUGUGUGUGUGUGUGUGUGUGUGUGUGUGAGAGAAGGGGGAGGCUUUCUAAUUGUCCAAAGCUACAGGCUGGCUUGUAAUUAAAUGCCCUCUGUCUGCUGGGCACGAGCCUGGUGUCAAAACCAUCCGACCGGUCUGGCUGAGACUGUGCUUACGUACGUCAGAGAGUUGGUGUCCUGCAAUCAUUUGUGGGCGUGGGAACAGAUUACCUGGGUCACUGUCCCACUGUUGCCUGUAGGACUCGACAUACGCCAGUUGGCAACAGCUUCAGGGCAGGAGUCUCCCUUUGUAAACCCAUCUGAUGCCCGUUACGUUGCAGGAGGAGUGGGGUGGAAGGGCAGUUACGUCAGUUUGGGAGCCCACACUCGGUCUUUGCUCCCUCCCUCCCUCCCUCAAUGAGAUUGGCCCGGGAGGUGUUUGGAGCAGCAACGAGGAGCAAGAGGGGACGCAUUUCCCGGCCCCGUCCUCCAGGAACCGUUGGGUGCCGCGGACACAGCAACGAGGAAGCACAUCCUCUGGAUCACUUAGGAUUCUUCGGAGAAACUUGCACUCCCCCUGUGUGUAGGUCGAAGCGGACUUUGCCCGACCGUCAGGGGACAUCUUGGUUCCCCAGACCCGCCCCCUUCGGCUGUCGACACCAGUCCCGUCGAGGAACUGGGGAUUCCUGGACCAAAAUGGAGAUGAUUGUAUGAAAAAAAAACACUGAAAUCACUGGUUUGUCAAGGGGCAAGUUGGCUCCAUUUGACCUCUAGACAAUACAAGUUCGAGCUGAGGUGACUUAUCCUCAAUGCCAGUGGUACUUGGCUGUACGACUGUUGAUUCUUGCACUAGUUCACCCCAUUAGUUAAUCAAUUAGCACUUUAGACAAAAUCGUGGGAAGCUUGUUUUAUAUUACGUGGGUUACAAAGGGUGUAGAAGAUACCUUUCUUUCUCUCUCUUUUCCUUUCUUCCUUUCCUCUUUCUUCAAGAAAUGAUUCAAUGCACACCUGAAAUAUUUUUAUUGUUCAUCUGGGGGGGGGUGUCACACACCUUGGGGCCCUGUAAAACUUGCAUGGCAAAAUCAGGGCAGUCCGGGUAUAUAUCGAGACAUUCCUUUGGGAUUUUGUUCCCCCUUCCCCACCCCCUUUUGAGAAGAUAUUUAAUUCCACUUUAGUUUUUAAAAGGAAACUCUUGUGUUUUUAAGAAUGCACUUGUUUGUAACGCAAGAAGAUUCAUUAUUUUGUUGGCUCUCCUAAUGGCUGUAAAUGUUUUAAGAGAAUGUGCCUUAAUACGGUGUUCUGUUCAUUUUCUGAUGGGAGCGGAAAUAAAUUGGAUUUAUUGAUCUCGGGUUUUG